AUGUCAGAAGGCAGACAAUGUUUAGUAAACAAUAUUAUUAAACAAUUGCAACAUGCAGUUCAAAGGACCAUUUAUGUAAAUGACAGUGUUGAUGAUCUACAAAAAGGUUUAUUAAAUAGUAUAAACCACGUAUUUGGCGAUCAUUUUGAGUGUCAGAAUGACUGCCAAGAAGCUGGCAAUAUUAAUAAUACCAUUCUUGAAGAAUAUGGAAUUUUAUACCACAUUAAAGCUGCAUUAGAUAGGGUUGUGAUGUUGGCCGAAAAUCUGAUUGGCAACGAAACCAGUAACAAAGCUGAAAUGUUCAUGUCGCUUUUAGCUAAAUAUAAUGCUGGAAAACGACUGAAUCUUAUAACAAGGGGAUCAUUCGAAACACAAGCAAAUAUAGCUGUUCUAAGAUACAACAAAGGAAUCAAUUGGCAUGCAGAUAGUUGGAGAAACAUAACGGACACAGAGGAGGGCGAAAAUUUAAAAAUAUUUUUAAAGCGGAUGGUUGCCAAAGAACAAUCUCGCAAACAGCUAGUUAAUAAAAAUAUUUCGAAGACUGAAAGUAGUACUGGAAGUAAACAAACAAAAAAGAGCCAUAACACGGAUUAUGGACCCUCUGUACCUGCUACAGUCAGCGUAGCAGUCAACUUAUGA